AUGGCGGAUGAGGCUGAACUUUUGGAUUACGAGGAUGAGGAACAAGAGACUGUUCAAGAGACAAGACCUAAUGGCGAAUCUGCUACUAAGAAAGGUGUAAAGGGUGCCUAUGUCACCAUCCACAGUUCGGGUUUUCGCGACUUCAUCCUCAAACCAGAGCUGUUGAGGGCCAUUGUUGAUUGCGGCUUUGAACAUCCAUCAGAGGUUCAACAUGAGUGUAUUCCCCAAGCAAUUCUGAGUAUGGACGUGCUGUGCCAAGCAAAGUCUGGUAUGGGGAAGACUGCAGUUUUUGUGAUCGCCACCCUUCAACAACUGGAUCCCGAAGGUGAAGCCAACACAAGUGUACUGGUCCUGUGUCAUACAAGAGAACUUGCUUUCCAAAUCAGUAAAGAAUAUGAGCGUUUCUCCAAAUACAUGCCUAAGAUAAAGGUGGGUGUAUUCUUUGGUGGGAUGCCAAUACGCAAGGACAUUGAAACCCUGACAAAAUCUCCAGUCCAUAUUGUCGUCGGAACUCCAGGUCGAAUUCUGGAUCUGGUUAGGAGCAAAACACUGAAGCUGCAACAUGUGAAGCAUUUCAUCAUCGACGAAUGUGAUAAAAUGCUGGAUACGCUCGAUAUGCGCCGUGAUGUGCAAGAGAUAUUCCGCAUGACUCCACAUCAGAAACAAGUUAUGAUGUUCAGUGCAACAAUGAGCAAAGAAAUCCGUCCUGUGUGCAGAAACUUCAUGCAAGACCCGUUAGAAAUAUUUAUCGAAAAUGAUUCAAAGUUGACAUUACACGGCCUUCGACAGCACUAUGUAAAAGUCAAGGAAAAUGAGAAGAAUAGGAAGCUAUUCGAACUCCUUGAUGAGCUACAGUUCAACCAGGUUAUAAUCUUUGUCAAAUCAGUACAAAGGUGCAUGGCUCUAGCUCAGUUGUUGGUGGAUCAAAACUUCCCUGCUAUUGCUAUGCAUCGGAACAUGGCACAAGAAGAGCGCUUGGAGCGUUAUCAAGCCUUCAAAAACUUCCAGAAACGUCUCCUGGUGGCCACCAACCUUUUCGGUCGCGGUAUGGAUAUCGAACGUGUCAAUAUUGUCUUCAAUUACGAUAUGCCAGAAGAUUCGGAUACGUACUUACAUAGGGUUGCUAGAGCAGGUCGGUUCGGGACAAAAGGACUGGCUAUUACUUUCAUAUCAGACGAAUUGGAUGCCAAAGUCCUCAAUGAAGUUCAAAACCGUUUCGAAGUUAAUAUUAGUGAACUCCCAGAUGUUAUGGAAAUAUCUAGUUACAUGGAAGACCGCUGA